AUGUCAAAUCCAAAUAAUUACACGGUCGGCUGGAUCUGUUCCAUCACGGCCGAAUAUGUUGCUGCCCAAGCUGUUCUCGACGAAAAGCACAAACUACCAGAGAUGGUUUCUAGCAACGACAAUAACAGCUAUGCAUUAGGUAGAAUUGGGAGACAUAACGUUGUUAUCGCUGUUUUGCCUGAUGGAGAGUAUGGCAUAUCCUCUGCAGCACGGGCGGCAGCAGAUUUGUCUCACAGCUUCCCCAACGUCAGAUUCGGCCUACUCGUUGGCACUGGCGGCGGCGUGCCAUUUAAAGAUAAAGAGUGCGAUAUGCGCUUGGGAGACGUGGUGGUGAGCUCUCCGGGCGAAGGCAGCAGCAACGGCGGCGUAUUCCAGUACGACUUUGGAAAAACUAUUCAAGAGCAGAGCUUCCAAACAACUGGAUUCCUAAACCAACCACCACGGAUUCUGCGCACAGCAAUAACCAGCCUUAAAGCGAAAUAUGAACUAGAAGGGCACCGAUUUAAGGAAGCUAUCGAUGCCAUCCUCAAAAAACAUCCAAGGCUACAGGGGAAAUACCAACGGCCAGAUCCAAGCAGUGACAGAUUAUAUCAGCGUCAUAUCCGCCACCCUAUGGACAAGAAAUCGAAAUGUGCCGAGUCAUGUGGAAAUAACGGGCCAAACCUUAUCCCACGGCCUCCAAGGACUGAGCAUCAAGAUGAUCCAAUGAUUCAUUACGGCCUGAUUGCUUCGGCAAACCAGCUAAUGAAGGACGCCACGCUUCGAGAUAGGCUCGCGGCAGAAAAAGACGUCGUGUGCUUUGAGAUGGAAGCUGCUGGACUAAUGAAUCACUUUCCAUGUCUUGUCGUCCGCGGCAUUUGCAAUUAUUCAGACUCCCAUAAGAAUGAGGAGUGGCAGGGAUAUGCAGCAAUGGUGGCGGCGAUGUAUGCAAAGGAUCUUCUUGGCCAGAUUGUGCCAAAUAGA